UGCCAAGGUGUUUCAAUAUGUAAAGCAAUAUAUAAAUGGAGGUUUUAGAGUCCGUAUUUAUAAUAAUUGUGUCCACAAGGGUACUUUUAAAGCACUGGCAAAGACAGCAAAUGGUGGCAAAAUGUAUUGUUUGAAUAAAAUCAAUUUUGAUAAAACGUGACCAACUCAUAUGUAACUUCUGGAAGUUCAUGAUGUUAACUCAUUUAAAGAACAAAUUUAUCAGUGUUAUCUGUAAAGCCUUGUUUGACUGAAGUGGUGGUUAAGAAGAGAAUCUGUCUCACUUAAAGCUUUAGUCCUUCUUGGUAAAGAUAGUUAAUUGCAUUUUCCAUAUGAAGAUUUGAUAGAUUUUUUGCUUGGAAUAUUUGUAUGUAUCAGGCUCAGUACUGCUGUAUUUGCUUGUUUUGUACAUUUAUCUUUUGUGAAUAUUUCACACUCAUUAACUACUAUCUUAUAAGAUAAGCGUAGUAUAAAAUUAUGUCCCAGUUAGCAAUUGGCUUAUUGAAGAUGAGGCUGUAAGAGAACAAUGCUAGUAUUAUCUUACGUUUAUUGCUUUUUAUCACAAGUAUACUUAUAGAUCUGCCUAUUGGCCUAGAAAUAUGAACUCCCUAAACAACAUUCCAUUCUCCUGGUGUUGUUUUGUGUGAUGGUGUGACCCAGUGAAAAGGGUUAGAUUAAAAAGAAAUGACUAGCAAAGCACUCAGCUGCAGUUGGGCUGUUCUUUUUUCACAUCAGGUUUGUCGAGGUAUAAUUCUGAUCCUAUACAGUUCAUUUGUCUCAAGUGAAAUUUCAUACUGCAAAAUAAAAUCAUGGAAUUUUCAACUGAGAAUUGUAUUCUUAAUCUGGUUGUGAGUCAUCAGCAUAACAUAAUUACUUAGGAGUGGGUGGGUCCUUAUUAGGCCUGUUGAUGACAUUUAGUUAAGGUGGUUAGUGAAAAUAAAGUUGAAUAACAUUACUUUCAACAUGCCAUUAAGAAAAAUAUAAUAAUGUCAAGUAAUAGCACGAAAAUAAUUGGAAUGCCUAUAUCAAAGAUAAAGAUGGCACAUCCACUUUAUCUGCUUAAUGUUUCUGAGGUUUAGCUUAAGUUCUGUUUUUAAUUACGCUUCAUAAUAUAUUCAUUAUUAAUGUAGUAGUUGUGUCUGUAAGGAUUUUACCCAACAACCUAGGUACUUCUAAGACUGUUUUUGGAAAGCAGUACAGACCUUAGUUUAUUUUAAAAGGAAAAAAAGAAAAGCCAUACCAAAGACCCGUUAUUUAGACAGCAUCUGAGAUUGUAUAACUAAUAUGUUUCAGUUUCAUUGUUCACUUUUAUUUUCACACCCAUAAAUUCUUAGUAGAGCACUUGCCCUCAUCUGCUUCCCUUGUUGCUGGGCAAGGUUUGUGCUCCUGGUGUCUGAUUGGUUUUAGACAACCAAGGCUUUGAGCCAAUCAGACGGUGAAUUUCAGUUCUCUUACAGGGCUGAAACAUUGAAGCAGCUGUUGAUUUAUUUUUCCUGUGGAGAGAUUAUAUAAACUAAGAGUAUGGCUGCAGCAAGCUCCCUCUUGGGUUCAAAAUGGAUAGUAUAGAAGAACCUCAAAAAAAAGUCUUUAAGGCUCGUAAAACCAUGAGAGUGAGUGAUCGUCAGCAACUGGAUACAGUGUACAAGGUCAAAGAAGAACUGUUGAGAACUGAUGUCAAGCUGCUGAAUGGCAACCAUGAAAACGGAGACUUGGACCCAUCCUCACCUUUGGAAAACACAGAUUACAAGGAAGAAGUGAAUGGCGUUGAAGAUACUUGUUUUGAUACUGAAGAAAGUAAGACACAAUGGAAGGAAACUCCAUGUAUUCUAAAUGUUAAUGUAAAAAAUAAACAGGACAAUGAUUUAAAUUGUGAACUCUUGUCUCCUAAUAAUGCAGUUCUUGAGCCAGCUUCUAAACUCACCACUGAACUAGCAUCUGGUGAACCAGCCUCUGCUGAGCUGACUGUUGGCGAUCUGGCUUCCGGCGAGUCCCCCUCUGGUGAUUCCACACCUGGUGAUCCUGUCUGUGAUGAGACUGCUCCCAGUGAUCCCUCCCGCGGAGAUCCUGCCCCUGGUGAUCCCACCUCUGGUGACCCCGUGUCGGGCGAGCCGAUUAAACCAGCCUCUGUUGAACCCGACCCUGGUGAGCCAGUCUCUGGUAAACUGGGCACUGGGGAUUGUGCCUCUGGUGAGCCAGUCUCUGGAGAUCCAACUGUUGGGAAACCUGCCACUGAUGAUCAGGCCUCUGGGGAGCCAGCCUCGAGUGACCUGGUCUCAAGUGACAUGUCCCCUGUUGAUGAGGCCUCCAGUGAACUGGCCAAGGGUGAGCUGGUCUUAGGUGACCCGGCUUCUAGCGAAUCAGCCUCCUGUGAACUGCCCUCUAGUGGACUGAUUGCUGAACCAGCUCUUGAUUCCAACUUGGAUCCAAGCUCUGUACCAGUUUGUGAACCAUUUCCUGAAACGGACAGUACAGAGCCAAACAGCAAUAAAGAUGAUUUUCUUGAAAAAGAUAAGUAUGAUGAAAAGUUAGAUCAAAUUCCGAGUAAGGACUCAUUUGAUGAGAAAAGCAAAGCCGAUAGUAAUACUGAUGCUGAUGAUGAAACUCUAGAAGCAGAAGACACCGUUAUUUGUUCAAAUCUACCUCCUGAAAAUGAAAAGAAGGUGGAGGGAGAUGCUUUUACAGAGCUCUCUCUCGGAGAAGAGACUAUAUCUAGCAGUAUGGAAAUUGACCAGGGUGAAAAGAAUGAUGAUGAAAACUCUGCAAACCUUGUAGAAGCUGUUAGUGAAAAUGUUAUGAAAGAUGGCAAAAAUGAGAGUAUCUUAGAAAAUACAGACUCUAUGGAGACAGACGAAAUCAUUCCUAUUCUGGAAAAGCUUGCACCUGCUGAGGAUGAACUUACUUGCUUUUCUAAAACUUCUCUCCUUCCAAUUGAUGAGACAAAUACAGAUUUGGAAGAUAAAAUGGAAGGUUCUUUUGGUUCCCCAUCCAAGCAAGAAAGUAGUGAGAGUUUGCCAAAAGAAGCUUUUUUGGUCCUCUCUGAUGAGGAAGAUAUUUCAGGUGAAAAAGACGAGUCUGAAGUUGUAUCACAAAAUGAAGCAUGCUCUCCAGCAGAAAUAGAAAGUAAUGAAAAAGACAGCAAACGUGAGGAGGAAGACGAGCAAGUAAUAAAUGAAGAAGAUGAAAAGCCUUCUGAGCAAAAUGAUUUUUCCAGAAGAAAACGUUCUAAAUCAGAGGACAUGGAUAAUGUGCAGUCGAAACGUCGCCGAUAUAUGGAAGAAGAAUAUGAGGCAGAAUUCCAAGUAAAGAUUACGGCCAAAGGAGACAUCAACCAGAAACUUCAAAAGGUUAUACAGUGGUUAUUGGAAGAAAAGUUGUGUGCACUACAGUGUGCUGUGUUUGAUAAGACUUUGGCAGAACUGAAAACUCGAGUGGAAAAAAUUGAAUGUAACAAGAGGCAUAAGACAGUUCUUACUGAACUACAGGCCAAGAUAGCAAGGUUAACCAAACGCUUUGGAGCAGCCAAAGAAGAUCUUAAGAAAAGACAAGAAAAUCCACCAAAUCCACCCGUCUCACCAGGAAAGUCUGCAAAUGAUGUCAACAGCAAUAAUAAUAUGCCCUACAGGAAUGCGAGCACAGUGAGACAGAUGCUGGAGUCCAAGAGAAAUGCAAGUGAGAGUGCACCACCAUCUUUUCAAGCUCCUGUGAAUUCAGUAUCUUCAAGCAACCUCGUCACUCCGCCAACAGUUGUCAGUAGUCAACCUAAAUUGCAGACUCCAGCAACUUCGGGUUCUCUGACUGCAAAUUCAGUUCUUCCUGCACCCAAUACAGCUACGGUUGUUGCUUCUACUCAGGUGGCUAGUGGAAAUCCUCAGCCUACAAUCUCUUUACAAUCUUUGCCAGUGAUUCUGCAUGUUCCUGUUGCGGUGUCCUCCCAGCCUCAGCUCCUGCAGAGCCAUACAGGGACUUUAGUGACCAAUCAACCAUCGGGCAACGUUGAAUUCAUUUCUGUGCAGAGCCCACCUACAGUGAGUGGUCUUACCAAAAAUCCAGUAUCCCUGCCAUCCUUGCCAAAUCCCACAAAACCAAACAAUGUUGGGUCUGUACCCAGUCCUAGUAUUCAAAGGAACUCUCCUGCCAGUGCUGCACCAUUAGGGACAACGCUUGCUGUGCAGGCUGUGCCAACAGCACACUCUAUUGUACAAGCCACAAGGACUUCAUUACCCGCUGUGGGACCAUCAGGACUUUAUAGUCCAUCCAACAGUCGAGGUCCUAUACAGAUGAAAAUACCAAUUUCAGCUUUUAGUACUUCAUCUCCUGCAGAACAAAGCAGCACUACUGCCCCAAGAGUUGAAAACCAGACAAACAAACUAAUAGAAGCUUCUGUUAAUAAGAAGGCAGCUGAUAGCACCUCACAGAGUGGUAAAGCAACAAGCAGUGGUUCAAGUGGUGUGAUUGACCUCACCAUGGAUGACGAAGAGAGUGCAGUGUCAAAAGAACCCAAGAAGCUGAGUCAUGCCCCUGUGUCCACCCUGAGUUCUUGCCCGCCUCUGUCCAGGCCGUUGCAGCCCAUCCAGCCAGCGCCACCUCUUCAGCCAUCCGGGGUGCCCACGAGUGGACCAUCUCAAACCACAAUACACUUACUACCUACAGCUCCAACCACCGUGAAUGUAACACAUCGUCCAGCAACUCAGGUGACCACAAGACUCCCAGUACCAAGAGCUCCUGGAAACCAUCAAGUGGUUUAUACUACAAUUCCAGCUCCACCAGCUCAGGCUCCUCUGCGAGGAGCUGUUAUGCAGGCUCCUGCUGUUAGGCAGGUCAAUCCCCAAACUAGUGUUACAGUUCGAGUGCCUCAAACCACCACCUACGUUGUCAACAGUGGAUUAACCCUGGGAUCAGCAGGGCCUCAGCUCACAGUGCAUCACCGGCCACCGCAAGUGCAUACCGAGCCCCCACGACCUGUGCACCCAGCACCCUUACCAGAAGCCCCACAGCCACAGCGUCUGCCCCCAGAAGCUGCCAGCACAUCUCUGCCUCAGAAGCCACACUUGAAGCUAGCACGCGUUCAGAGUCAGAAUGGCAUUGUGCUGUCGUGGAGUGUCCUGGAGGUGGAUCGCAGCUGUGCCACUGUGGAUAGCUACCAUCUCUACGCUUACCACGAGGAGCCCAGUGCCACCGUGCCCUCCCAGUGGAAAAAGAUCGGGGAGGUGAAAGCACUUCCCUUGCCCAUGGCAUGCACUCUGACCCAGUUUGUCUCUGGCAGCAAGUACUACUUCGCAGUACGAGCCAAGGACAUUUAUGGACGCUUCGGACCAUUCUGUGAUCCACAGUCAACGGAUGUGAUCUCUUCUUCCCAGAGCAGUUAAACCUUGGAGCCUUUCUCUCUCCUAUGUUUUUUUGUUUUUUUGUUUUUUGUUUUCUGUUUUUUUGGUCUUGUUUUUAAUCUUGUGCAUGAUACCCAAUGUAAAAUCCACAUUGUGCAAGAUUUCCUGGACAGAUGUGUGUAUACACUACAUUUGUUUAUAACCAGAAGUGAAAUAAACUCAGCCCGUAAAGCAAGAAUCUUCCCGGACAAUUCAAGCUUCAGGGUUUCGAGAUGUAAAUGUGUACCUUGCUUUAGUUUUGAGGUUGGGGAAUAAUAUGUGCUGGUGUUCGGUGUUUUUUCUCUAUUUAUGUGUUUAUUGCAAUGGAGUUUCCCAUUUUCAUUCUCAAGUUUACCUCUCUUCCAGUGUGAAGUAGGUGGAUCACAGAACCCGAGGUAUAUAACUAGCAUGAUUUUACUGCUAAAGGAUGUGUAGGGUCAUGAUUUAAAGAGAAUCUAAAAAAAAAUCCAAAGAAAAAAGCUAACAGUUAAGUAGGCUAAUUUGAACACAGCAGAGGAUCUAUUCAUCUUAUUUCUUUUUCUAGCUUUUUAAUUAGUAAAAUAAGAUCUGCAGUAACUCUUCCCUUUUCUAAUCUUUUUUUUUACAUUUAUUUUGUGCCUUAAAGAUUAACUACAAAAUUAAACAUGGCCAUGUUUUUUUCCCAUUUCUCCAUUAUCUUUACCAAAUAGAGCACACACAAACUCAAGACAUUCUUCAGCCAAGGCCUUCAUAUAUAAACCUUCAUGUGUGUAAGUAAAAAUUUUAGAUGCUGUUUCUUCUAAGAAUUAUAGCUGCUUUUUUUGGUCAUUGUUUAAUUCUAUGUUACAAUGGACCAAGAUAAAACCAUAUUAUGUAAGAAAAUGUUCUAUCAUACUUUGUACCAUGUUGCACAUUAUGUUGAGAUUAUAUGAAAGCAGGUCUUGUUCACUUUAUCACCCAGAACAUAGUAAACUUCACAAAAUACAGUUAGCUGAAAUAUCAAGGGGGAAGCUCCUUUUCCUCUAUUUUGUCAUCCUUUCUGUCUUGACGGUGCCAAGUUGAGCCUGAGUUGAUAGCCUUGGAUAGAAUUUAAAGUCCAUCUUUUGGGAUUAUUUUUAUAUAACAGGUACAUUACCUUGUGUAUCUCCAUUCCUCUCAAAGUUAAUAAAUUCAACACAGGUCAUGGAUUUUCAGUAUGAGUGUGAGCCGUACUGGUCUUAGAUUGGUGCUCUGAAUGUAGACAGUGUCAGAACUGGAAAGCUGUUGAGUUUGAGAGAUGGGGAUGAGAGUGUUGUUAGGGCUAUUUGAAAGAAAUUCAUGGGGUUUAUGAAAGAAUUUUUCAGUGCAUCUUCCUUUACAAUAUUUCAGUUCAUGUUUUUACAUCUUCAAGAUAAAUUGGGCAUCUUUCUCAUAA